AUGUUGCGCUAUGCGACAGCGGGCGCUAGGAGGCUACCGUUUUUGACGUCGCCGGGCACAAUAAGGACCUGCCUGCGCCCUUGUCGACCAUUCGCGGCACCCUCCCGCCUAGUUGCGCCGCCCCUGGCCCGGUUCCUGUCCUCGACAAGCCCGCGGCGGUCUGGGCCCUUCGAGCCGCUCCGCCCACCCUCGCCGUCGUCUCUUGGGGCUCCCCGGACUGCGCGCAGCUUCCGUCGCUCGCGCAAGUGGGGUAGGCGACUGCUCGUUCUCUCCGCCGUGCUGGGUGCUGGAUAUCUCGUCGAUCGCCAGGUCUAUGCCGCGGGAAUAGCCCGCUCGCUUCGCACGUUUGCGCUGGGUCUCUUGGUGGCUAUGGACUACAAGUUGAACUUCCGACCCGACCCGUUGCCGCUGAUUGGCAGCGACGGAGGCAUUCCCGCCCUCCACCGCCGUAACGCCGAGCGGCUCUUCGAGCUGCUGCGGCACAAUGGCGGGCUCUACCUCAAGAUUGGCCAAGCCAUUGCCAUGCAGAGUGCCGUUCUGCCGCCCGAGUUCCAGCGCAUGUUUGCCCGCAUGUUCGACGAUGCGCCGCAGGAUUCCUGGGAAGACAUCGAGAAGGUUAUCCGAGAAGACUUUGGCGGCAGGAGUGUCGAGGAGGUAUUCGGUGUGAGCUUUGCCGGCGUCGAGGGCAAGGGGGUCAUGGAGCGGACCGCGAGAGCUAGUGCCUCCGUCGCCCAGGUUCACUGGGCGAGGCUGCCCGACGGUCGUGAGGUGGCUGUCAAGAUCCAGAAGCCCGAGAUCUCAAAGCAGAUCGGAUGGGACUUGUGGUCGUUCAAAGUCGUCAUGCGGAUAUACUCGUAUUGGUUCGACCUACCGUUCUAUAGUUUUGUGCCAUACAUCUCGGAGCGCUUGAUGCUUGAGACGGAUUUUGAGAACGAGGCCAAGAACUCGGAGACGAUGCGUCGGCUUAUCAACGACGAGCCUAGCUUACGUGGGAGGGUCUACGUCCCUCCUGUGUACCAUGAGCUGAGCUCGAAGAGGGUGCUUACGACAGAGUGGAUCGAGGGUAUUCGACUGUGGGACAAGGACUCCAUGACUAGGCCAUGGUUGGGUGGGUAUGGGAAAGCCUCGGCUGGUGUUCAUGGCGCUCGGUUGGAUACCCCGGAUAUGGACGCAGUACGUCGCGGUCUGCGAGAGAAUGCCCAAAUUCACCAGUUGAAACCAGAACGGUCUGAAUGGAAAGGCUCCCGUGGCAAAGGCGGGUUAGGUCUUUCCACCAAAGAAGUCAUGACGACUAUGGUUGAUCUUUUUUCUGCCCAGAUAUUCAAAUGGGGAGUCGUGCACUGCGAUCCACACCCGGGGAACAUCUUUAUCAGGCGCCUCCCGAGCGGCAAGCCCGAGUUGGUGCUGAUCGACCACGGGCUGUAUGUUUACAUGAGCGAAAAGUUUCGGCAUGAGUACGGUGUUUUCUGGAAGUCACUCAUGACAUUCGACAACAAAAAGAUUGUUGAGAUCACCGAGGAAUGGGGAAUCAAGGCAGCCGAUCUCUUUGCCUCGGCCACUCUGAUGCGUCCAUAUGAAGGCGGCGACCAGGAUUUCAAGCGGAGGAUGUUGGGAGAUAUGGAUGGAAAGACGCCUAGCGAACGAAGCUACGAGAUGCAGCAAAGGAUGAAGCAAGGCAUCCGAGAAGUACUGGCCGACGAGAACAAAUGGCCCAAAGAACUCAUCUUCAUCGGCCGCAACAUGAGGAUUGUACAGGGCAAUAACCAGUACCUUGGCUCGUCGGUCAACCGAGUUAAGAUGAUGGGCGAGUGGGCAAGCCGCAGCCUCUUUGAGGACCGGAACUUGCCGUGGCGCGAGAGAUUUACCAACGUCUGGCAACACCUCUUGUUCAAGGCUGUUCUGACCAUGACAGAUGUUGUCUUUUACUUUUUCAAGAUUCGACAGUGGUUGGGCCGCGGGGGCGGUAUGGAAGAUGAGGUUGAGGCACGUAUGAAGAGUGUAGCCAAGGACUUUGGGGUUGAGCUUCAACAUGACGUGUUUGAGGGCUGA